AUGUCUAAAUGGCCUAAGGGGCGGAACCUCGUUGUUUCUUCGCAAACAGACCUUUCUAUCUUCCCCGAGAACCAAAAAUCCGACCUUCAAAAGAGCGAUCUCGAUGGCCACAAAGUCAUCAAGGCUGAUUUUAGUAGCUCUAAGACAACAAUUGCUGGUUUGCCGGCUAUCGACUUUCUUGGGGAUGGGUCACUUUUCCUCCUUGAUUCUCCUGGUCAUCUACAAGGCCAUAUGACAGCCAUUGUCCGGACUACACCGACCUCCUUCAUCGUUCUUGGUGCAGACUCUUUUCACCAUGUUGGCGCUAUACGUCCCAAUGGGGAGUUUCAAGCCAACAUCCCCUGUCCCAGAGAUUUGCUUGAAUUUGCUAAGAACGGCAUUUCCACCGACUUCUUCUGGUCUACCAACACGCAGCCCGGCCGAUUUGACCUACCCUCGCGCACCCAGCCGUUUUUCUCCCUCUCCGAUACGGCCGACUCUUUCUUCGUGGACCCGAGAAAAGGUCAGCUGACCGCCGACAGGCUCGCUGUCCUUGAUGGCGACAAGGACUUCUUAACUCUCAUCACGCAUGAUCUCAGCAUCGCAUCUGGAGCACUUCCGCUGGCCACGUCUCUCGAAAACUGGCAGAAGGACGGUCUAAAGGAAAAGCUUGCAUGGCUUUUUGUGGACCAAAAGAACCCGGCGUUCCUGUUCAGUCCUGCAGAAUCACAGUCAAGCCUUGAUCGAGAAUAUGCGGAUUGUGUGCAAACAUGUGCGGCUAAUCGGCGUAGCGUAGGCCCAAAAGAGAAAACGGAACGGAGUAUUGGCAUGGACUGGGAUACACUAUUCUAA